AUAACCUUAAAAACCGUCGAGAUUGUCAUUAGUGUGAAGAAAGGUGGUCUCAAAUUUGUUGAAAAUCCUGAUUGUAAAUUACGUCCAAAAUGUCGACUAUCGACAAACUCCUCAUUCAGGGAAUCCGCAGUUUUGGGCCCCACAAGGGCGAUGAACAAGAGAUCAGCUUCACCUCGCCGCUGUCUCUCAUCGUGGGGGUGAAUGGGAGUGGCAAGACAACGAUUAUAGAGUGUCUGAAGUACGCCCUGACCGGAGAAAUGCCUCCCGGAUCGGAUAGAGGAGCCGGCUUUGUGCACGAUCCCAAGAUUGACCACUAUUCCGAGUGUCUGGGUCAAGUGAAGCUCCAGGUGCGCGACACCAAGGGAACGAAGCACAUUGUCACGCGUUCAAUGAAGUGCACGCAGAAGACAACGCGAGGAGUUACCAAGACCAGUUUCGAGACUGUUGACGUGAACAUCUUCUGUCCGGGAGUUGGGCAGAGCAAGGGAUCGCUCAGCAAGCGAGUGGCGGACAUGAAUGCUGAGAUGUGCGACAUAAUGGGCGUUUCCAAGGCGAUUCUCAACAAUGUGAUCUUCUGCCAUCAGGAGGACUCGAGCUGGCCGCUGGAUGAGCAGAAGCGAUUGAAGGAGAAGUUCGACGCCAUCUUCGACACCACGCAGUACAACAAGGUGAUUGACAAGUUCAUCAAGAUGCGCAAAAGCUACACCGAGCGCAUCACGAAGAAGACUGGCGAUCUGCGGCUGCUGGAGAGUCAUAAGUUGGACGCAGAGGCGAAGGUGAAGGACAUGGAGAGGCUGAGGGUGCGCGGCGGGAAGCUGUCCGAGAGUCUGGAGCAGUGCGCGAGAGAGAAGCAGCCGCUAGAGGAGCGCCUGGAGAAGAUUCUCAAGAUCGAGAUGGAGUACAGCAAGUUGCACUCAAAGCUGGUGGAGCUGCAGACGGAGCUGAAAAACAAGAAGGAGCACCGCGAGGCUCUGGCGAAGAAUAUCAAGGAGGAGUUCGAGGGUGGACUGGAAGUGCUCGAAGUGGAGAUUGUGAACUUUGAUCGGCGAAUGCAGGCGAAGAGAGAUGAGCUGAUGAAUUUGGAGACGCGCUGGGCGUCCGUGCGUGGCGAGGAGGAUGAACUGAAGAAGGGCAUCACGCAGAUUCAAAUCAACAGUCGACUCAUGAUGGAGAAGAUCACGCAGGAGCAGAAUUUGAGUGCCGACAGGGCGAGGAAUGCGAAGAAGCUGACGGAAAUGCUGAGAAUCGUCGUGACGCAGGAUCUGGAGAACUCCAAUGAGGCGGUGGAGGAGAUUCUGCCCAAGAUCGAUGAUGGGAUCCAUGCGAAGGGUGUGGCGACUGAGGAGAUGCACUCGAAGCACGAGCGGGCGGAGGAAGCCGCCCAGAAGGCCAUCGAUGAUCUGAGGAGUGGCAUUGCGAAGCUGGAGAGUGAGAUUGAGGGCAAGAAUCGCCAAAUGCAGGAGAAGAGGAGUGAUCAAGAGAAGAUUCAGCGGGAGAUUGAUGAUGUUGAGCGCUCUCAGGCGCAGCUGAAAGAUCUGGAAGUGGAGAUUGCCAGAGUGGCGAAGGAUCUUGAGAAUCUCAGGGAGAAAGUCAACGAGGAGGAGACGAAGAGGGAGAUUGAUGAGCUCAAGGCCACUUUGAGUGGGAAGCAGAAGAGCUUCGAUGAGUUGGAUGAGGAGAUUCACUUUCUCAGCACAAUUGCUUCCAGCGCGGCUGGCAUUGCGGCAAAGGAGAAGCAGCUGGAGGAGCGCGAGCAGGAGGCGAAGCGCAUCCGGAAUAAGCACGCGGAGGCUCUGAAGGAUUUCUUCCCUCAAGGCAUCACUGGCAACUUCCGCCGAAGUGUUACGGAGGUGCAAGAGAAACUCCAACGUGAGAUUCAGGAAAGCAAUGCGAAGAUCUUGACCGAGCAAAAGCGCGUGGCACAAUUGGAAGCCAACAGGAAGAGUCAAAUGGAAGAGCUGAAGCGUCUCCAAGCGGAAUUGACUGCAAGCGAAGAGGAGAUUUAUCAGCUGUGCCACACCACGCCUUAUGAGGAAGUUGUGAAGCGCCUGCGGGAGCAGAUUGACAAGAGUCAGCUGGAGCACGGCAGCCUCAAGUCAUCGGAGAGUCUGUACAAGAUCUACAUUGAGAAGAUGAAGGAGACGCCGUGCUGUCCGCUGUGUCACAAGGACAUGCAGUCCGACGAGGUGGAGAAUCUUAGUUCUGAGCUCAAGGAGGAGAUCCAGGGCAUUCCGAAGAAGGCAGACAAGACUGAUGUCCAACUGAAGCAGCUCAGGAAGAAGUAUGAUGCUCUGAUGGCUCUAAAGCCGGUUACAGAGAAGCUCGAGCGCCUCAGGCAGGAGAUUCCGGGCAAAGAGGAGGCGCUGAAGAGCACAGUGCAGACUCUGAGUGAGGUGAUAACUGCAAUUGAGGACCUGGAGAUGACCCUGCUGGAGCCUGAGGAGAAACUGAAGGUUGCCAGCAAUUUAGUGGGUGACAUGAGCAUUCUGGACGACGUCAUGCGCCUCACGAGUCGCCUGCAGAGCGAAUUGGAGUGUGCCAAGGAGAAACUGCCCUCGCGGACGCCCAAGUGGGACAUGGAAGAUGCUCAACUGGAGAAGUCUGCACUGUCUGCGGAGUUGAAGGAGACUCGCAAGCUGCUGGAGAGCAAGGAAUCCGUGCUACUGGAGCACAAGGAGCAGGUGAAUGGUCUCAGGGAGACGUCGAAUCGUCUGGAGCGCAGACAAAUAGAUCUGCAGAAGGGUGUGCAGGCGCUGUCGCAGCUCCGGACGCGCAUUGAGGAGUUGCGGACGCAAGUGGAGCAGCUUGGCGAGGAGAUUGGCGAGGCGAAGAGUCGCCUGGUGCCGCUGAAUCGUGACAUGGAGGUGAAGAAUGAGGCCAGACAGCGUCUCAAGGCGAAGAACAGAGAAUUGCUGGCGAAGGAGAAGGAGAUUCUGGACACGAUGAAGAGGAUCAAGGCUGAGAUUGCUACACAAUCGCGCGCCCUGAGGGAGAUUAAGCGAGAGAAUCUGCAGCAGAAGUUGGAGCAACUGCAGCGCGGGAAGAGUGAGUCGGAGAAGAGGCUGGCCAUUAUUCAGAAGGAUUUAGAUGAGCUGCAAAAGCAAGUGGAUGAGACGAAGACGGCGAUUGCGGUGCAGGAUGUGGACAAGAGACAGUUGCUGGAUAAUCGUGAGCUGAAGCGACUGCAGAGAGAUGAGGAGGAGCUUGAGAAGCGCUAUGCGGAGAUGAAGAGUGAUAUUGGCGGGCUAAAUAUCAAGAACAUGGCGAGGGAGAAGAGAGAUCUUCAGAUGAAGCAGGAGAAGAUCGUGCAGGAGAGCAGCAAGUUUGUGGGCCAGAAGUCGGAGCUCGAGGGUCAAAUUGAGCGGCUGGACAAGGAGUUGAGUGAGCCGCGGUACAAGGAUGCCGUGAAGAACCAUCGAUCGGCGAUGUACGAGCUUGUUGUGUUGAAGAAGACGGUGAACGACCUGAACCAGUACCGGAUGGCCGUGGAGUGGGCACUGAUCAAGUACCACUCGGAGAAGAUGGUGCGCAUCAACAUGCUGAUCAAGGAUCUGUGGAUGGAGAUCUACCGUGGCCACGAUAUCGACUUCAUUCAGAUCAAGACGGACGAAUCCGCCCUCACCGGAUCGGAUCGCAGGCGAUCGUACAACUAUCGCGUGGUGCAGGUGAAGAACGGCGUGGAGAUCGACAUGAGAGGGCGCUGCAGUGCUGGCCAGCGCGUGCUGGCCUCCAUCAUCAUCCGGAUCGCCCUGGCAGAGACAUUCAGUCUCAACUGCAACGUCCUGGCCUUGGACGAACCCACCACGAAUCUGGAUUACGCCAAUGUGGAGUCCCUGGGCGAAGCGCUCAGCCGACUCGUGGACAAGCGUGAGAUGCAGUCCAACUUCAUGCUGAUCAUCAUCACGCACGAUGAGACAUUCCUUCAAUCUCUCAGGAACUUCGACUACUUCUACCGCGUGAAGCAGGACAAGGGUAAGUCCGUGAUUGUCAAGCACAGGAGAGGCGACUGAAGUUCCUUCUUUUCACUUUAUUCAAAAC